AUGAGAAUUAAUAUUGUCCCAGCUUCUAGCGCAAGCAGCACAGACCAUUCUCCCGUUCCGUAUCUACUGGGUGGGAUAGGUGCCCUUUUGGCUCUCAUACUGUUUUCUUUGCUACUCCUUGCUUGCUCCUACUUCAAUAACACUAGCAGAGGUCAGUUGAGAAAUGAGCAUGGUGAAAGUGACAAGGAUGAGAUGGGCAAGACAAGGAUGCAGGGAAAUACAGCCCCUGAUGAGAUGGGGAAGGGAGUGGUUGUCAUAAUGGCGGGGAAUUACAAUCCCACCUUUAUUGCCAAACCAACUUCUGUGGAAGCAACUGCAACCUAA